CGCGGGUUGCGGCGGCGCCGGCAGGGGGCGCGCGGCCGGGCGCAGCCGCAGUUGCUGCCGCCGCCGCCGCCGCCGUCCCGGGGCCGCCGGAGCGGCCGCACCGGGCGAUGCGAUGACAACGUCCACCCUGCAGAAAGCCAUCGACCUGGUCACCAAAGCCACCGAGGAGGACAGGGCCAAGAACUACGAGGAGGCGCUGCGGCUGUACCAGCACGCCGUGGAGUACUUCCUGCACGCCAUCAAAUAUGAGGCUCACAGCGACAAGGCCAAGGAGAGCAUCCGAGCCAAGUGCGUGCAGUACCUGGACCGGGCAGAGAAGCUGAAGGAGUACCUGCGGGGCAAGGACCGGCACGGCAAGAGGCCUGUCAGAGAAGCACAGAAUGACAACAAGGGGAGUGACAGUGACAGCGAGGGCGAGAACCCUGAGAAGAAGAAGUUGCAGGAGCAGCUGAUGGGUGCCAUCAUGAUGGAGAAGCCCAACGUGCGGUGGAGCGACGUGGCCGGGCUGGAGGGAGCCAAGGAAGCCCUGAAGGAGGCCGUGAUCCUGCCCAUCAAGUUCCCACACCUGUUCACAGGGAAGCGCACGCCCUGGCGCGGGAUCCUGCUCUUUGGGCCGCCUGGCACCGGCAAGUCCUACCUGGCCAAGGCCGUGGCCACCGAGGCCAACAACUCCACCUUCUUCUCUGUGUCAUCCUCUGACCUGACGUCGAAGUGGCUGGGGGAGAGUGAGAAGCUGGUGAAGAACCUGUUUGAGCUGGCGAGGCAGCACAAACCCUCCAUCAUCUUCAUCGAUGAGGUGGACUCGCUGUGUGGCUCCCGCAACGAGAACGAGAGUGAGGCGGCCCGGCGCAUCAAGACCGAGUUCCUGGUGCAGAUGCAAGGUGUGGGGAACAGCAGUGACGGGAUCCUGGUGCUGGGUGCCACCAACAUCCCCUGGGUGCUGGACUCGGCCAUCAGGAGAAGGUUCGAGAAGAGGAUCUACAUCCCCUUGCCCGAGGAGGCGGCGCGGGCGCAGAUGUUCCGGCUGCACCUGGGGAACACCCCGCACUCCCUGACGGACGCCAACAUCCAGGAGCUGGCCCGCAAGACCGACGGCUACUCGGGGGCCGACAUCAGCAUCAUCGUGAGGGACGCCCUGAUGCAGCCCGUGCGCAAGGUGCAAUCGGCCACACACUUCAAGAAGGUCCGUGGCCCCUCCCGCACCACCCCUGGCGCUAUCGUGGAUGAUCUCCUGACGCCGUGCUCGCCCGGGGACCCUGGGGCCGCUGAGAUGACCUGGAUGGAGGUAGCCAGUGACAAGCUGAUGGAGCCUGUUGUCUGCAUGUCAGACAUGCUGCGCUCGCUGGCCACCACCCGCCCCACCGUCAAUGCCGAGGAUCUCCUCAAAGUGAAGAAAUUCACGGAGGACUUUGGGCAGGAAGGUUGAGGGGAGCAUGGGGGCUGUGGGGUUGCUGCAGGCCCCGCUGUGUCCCCCUCCCCGGUGCCAAACCGACUGGUGUUUGCUCACUCCUGCCCCACUGCACUGCGGGGACACGGCCCGGGGGUCACACUACAGGGGGUGGGUCUGAGCAUGGCCUGGGCAGCUGGGGCCUUCCCUGGCUGCACUCCACUCUUCUUCCUGCUCUUUUUUUUAACUUAAUGCUGCUUUGGGUUCUGUCUCGUUUAUAUGAAAAUAAAAACAAUCUGAGUGCUUCA